AUGGGUAACCUCGCCUCUAAGGUCAAGCUGUACAUCGCAGCUACAGCCCAGCUCAAGGAGACAUUCGACCUCCUCAACAAACGAAUCGAGACACCGCCAGGCAUCCCUGUCCCUAAUCCCACUCUCCCGUUCUGGACCGUCCCUGCCUCCGCGAUAUUGACUGAAGAUGAACCACUAGCAGAUAGCGUGGACAUCGUGAUCGUCGGCUCAGGUAUCACAGGGACGUCUGUCGCUUACACUCUCCUCUCGAAUGGGAGCAAGGCGAGGAUUCUGAUGCUUGAGGCGCGGGCAGUGUGCUCGGGUGCGACUGGGAGAAACGGCGGCCACAUCAAUCCACCUCUGUACCACGACUACUCCGAGCUACAGGAGAACUUCGGUGAGGACGCUGCGAAACGUAUGAUAAGGUUUCGUCUCGCACACCGGGGGGAAAUGCAGCGCAUCGCAGAGACGGAGGACAUUGUCAAACAAUCACAGGUCCGCGAGACAGAACAUCUGGACGUCUAUACUUGUCCGGAGACCUAUGCCGAGGCCAAGGAGAACCUCCGGAAGUGGAAGUCAGCCAUGCCGGACGAGUCAAGUACGUUUGGGUGCAUGGACACGAAAGAAGCCAUUGAGAAGUACCACCUCGCCUCAGAGACAUUGGGGUGCAUAUAUGGGUCUGGCGGAGCGAUGCACCCCUACAGAUUUGUAACUUCGCUCCUGGCGAAGUUGCUUGACAGACACUCUGACAACUUCCGUAUAGCAACGCACACUCCAUGCACUGCUAUUGUUGCUGCGAGCGCGGACAAGCCCUACUAUGUCGUCGAGACACCGCGCGGGUCUAUCACAGCACAGCACGUCAUACAUGCUACGAACGGCUGGUGCUCACAUCUGCUGGAGCCCCUACGCGCGAAGGUCAUCCCAGCGCGUGGCGUGAUGUCUGCUCAGCGUCCAGGCACGCUCCUGCGCAACUCGACGCUCGACGGCUAUCGGUCCUUCGUCUUCUACCGCGGCACGAGCGGCUACGACUACCUCACGCAGCUGCCAACGGGCGAGCACGAGCUCAUGUACGGCGGCGGCUGGGCGCAGUCGUGCGAGAACAGCCUGCCGGACAUCGGUAUCACGGACGACUCCGUCUUCAACUUUGCGGGCGCGGCACACCUCGCGGGCUCGCUGCCGCUCUACUUCGGCGGGGACAACUGGGGCGGGGAGGCCGUUCCCGCAGAAGAGCAAGCGGGAGACGUGCGCUGGGGCAUCGGGCGCACGAAGGCGCAGUGGUCCGGUAUUCUGGGCAUCUCGACCGACUUCCUGCCAUGGGUCGGGCGGCUGCCCACCACGGUGUCGGGACGGGCAGAACCGCCCGCGCCCACAAGCCGACAUGCACCGGAGAAGGGAGGGCCUAGCGCGGUCUCGCACCUGGCCGCGCCGGGCGAGUGGCUCGCGGCAGGCUUUUCGGGCGAGGGCAUGGUGCACGCCUGGAUGAGCGGCAAGGCACUCGCGUACAUGGUGCUCGAUCAGGAGGAUGCCCUCGAGGGCUGGUUCCCGGAUAUUUUGCGGGUGACGGAGAAGCGGUGGAAGAAGGCCAGCGCGGACAAGCUCGUGGGGCGGUUCUUGUAGGUGUCGCCGCGCUUCUCGCUCGAUCUCGUCUAUUGUGUAGGCUCGUCGGUACGCUUUCAUCGAUUCGUGUGGCGUCGCUCAGGCUCAGGUUUCGGUCUGCGGCCCUUUUGUGCCUUUCGGAUCUACGUGUCUAUUAUACAUUUAGCUGCGUUUCAUGAACUUCAUAUGACCUUCGGAAGCACUAUCAGGGAUCCUUAAUGCAUCGCCUUCAGUGCCUUGUCGACAACCUCCGUCAUCGCAAUCACACCCUCCUCCUCCAGCGUCCGUCCGAUCAACUGGAGGCCGACGGGAAGCCCGUGGAAGAGCUGCGGAUCAU